GUCAACGUCAACAAAAUAUUUUGGCUUCUGUUAUUAGUUUUAUAUUUUUUUAAUUAAAUUAAAUUUAAUUAUCUCUUCAUUGAAGGAGUUUAAGAGACUGCCUCCAAAAUGUCUUGAGGUUAUUAAUUUUAUUUAAAAGCAGUAGCCGUUAUUCCCCACGGCGUUUUGCUUAGUAUAAGCAAAAUUUAGGUAAUAUGGUGAUGGUAACUUACAAAAAUCAUGCUGGACAUGGUUUUUACAUUUCCUAAUGGACACCCUCAGUAACACAUUGACUCCAUUUCUUUCUUCUCUACAUUAUUUGGUGGCUGGGAUUUAGUAUUUAGUUUUAUGUAGCGUAAGAUUUGGGAUUGGGAUAAUUUUGCACAUAGUUUAAACUCGCACUGCAUGUAUCAUCAUGAAGGAAACCAAACGAAAAAUUAAAAAGCGCAACUUCGAAUGUGGCAUUUGUGGAAAAGCCUUUUUCGGGUCAAGCGAUUUAAACAAGCACAUGCGCAUACAUACGGAUGAACGUCCGUUUGUGUGCGGGGAAUGCCACCUGAGUUUUAGGCAAGCCGGUACCCUUAAGAACCAUAUUACAUCGAUUCAUUGUAAAUUAAAUAAUUUUUUUGCUUGCGAGUUAUGCGGACGGACCUUCGCUUUAAAGGACAGGCUUAAAUUGCACAUGCGCAGACAUACUGGAGAAAAACCUUAUUCUUGUGAGCUCUGUCCCAAAAAAUUUGCAAGAAAAAGUGAAGUCAGUCAACACAUGAGGGUCCAUGACAAAAAGAAGCCUUAUACUUGUGAUCAAUGCCCUGCAACGUUUACUUGUGCCCAAAAUUUACGUUUACACAAAAAUAGUCAUUAUCAACUGAAACCUUUUACGUGUGACCAAUGUGGUAAAUGUUUCUCGCGUCGAGAUGCCCUUUUAAAACAUUUGAGAAAUAUUCAUGACAAUAUUAAGGCUUUCCACUGUCCUGUUUGCAAGAAAGACUUUAAGGGCCAUCUGCCUCAGCAUUUAAGGACUCACACGAAAACAAAACCUCAUACUUGCCCCACAUGUAAUAAUUCCUUUGCUCAGCGAUCUCAGCUAGUAAUACACCAAAGAAUUCACUCCGGUGAGAGGCCUUACAGAUGCAGGGUGUGUUGGAAAGCAUUUUCACACUCUACUGCCCUAAAGUGCCAUCAGAGGCGUCACACUGGGGAAAAACCGUUUGUUUGCAUGAUUUGCUCGUCUAUGUUUACACAGAUACCUCAUUUAAGAAACCAUAUGCUUAAGGUUCAUAGAAUGAACAAACCUUAUUGCUGUGAGUGGUGCAGGGAGUUUUUUACGAUUAAAAAAGACUUGGAGGAGCAUAAGGGUGCUUGUGAUAAAAAGACAAUUAUCAAACAAGAGGAACGAAACGUUGAAACCCCAAUGAGCUUAAGCAAAAUGCGUCUGCUGUUGGCUAUUUUACUAAAAAAGAUCUCAACCGCUGAUAAAUUAAAAGAUUUGGGAUUUAAUAAGAAACUUAUUGAUGAGGUGUUAAUUUCCUCCAUAGUUUAUUCAGGCAGGGUUCCAUGCGUUGAUAACACAUUAAGCACAGCUUUGAAGCUAAAAAAUAACAUUCAGAUUUUGCUUGAAUGGACUGUACCAGAUAAGUUUUUAAAAAAAUUUAGGAAUGAACAGAGGUCAGUUGAAGAGCUACUGGAAGAAUUAACUUCAUAGCAGGGCAAACAUUAUUAGAUUAAAAGUUAGUAAAAAGAGUUUUUAUUUAUGAGGCUAUGAGUGCAAAAACGGACUAACCCCAAUAUUAUUAAGUGCUAAAAAAAGGUUUAAAACAAAUACGAAAAUGUAAGUGCGCAAAACCAUACACCAAAGGACAUUUUUGUAGUUCGAAUUAAUUGAAUGUUAUUGUGUGUUACUUAAAUUUGCGGAAAAAUUUUUGGAUAUGGCUAAUAUUCGAUUUUUCUAUGUGCGUUAGUCCACUCUGCAUUUAAAAUAGAUUGGGUUUUUUAAUGGGUUACUAUAAUUUAAACUAUAAUAAGUAUUACGCCAAAAACUUUAUUACUCGUAUUGUCACGGGAAUGAAUAAAAAAAAAUAGAAACUUUAUUUUUUUAUUAAGUAGGUAGUUAUUAAAUAGGUAAAGUUUCUUCUUCGUCAAUUGGGCCAAUUACUUCUCCUCCAGUUGCUUGAGCGGAUGACCUCAGAUUUUUAUAAAAAUCUUGGUAUAUAGGAGGGAUGAAUUCCAUUAACUGAAGGAGAUAUUUCUUUAUAGGUUCAUUAAUGGCAUUACCAUUUGGGUAUAAAAGGGGCAGAUCCUUAAUUUAUUUGGAAACAAAUUUCCUUUUAUUAAUAUCUACUGUGUUAAAAUAAACCUCUUCAUUAUUCGAGUACUUAUACUGAAUAGUAUUGGGAAAAUCUUUUCUAAACUUUAACCAUUUGAUUUUGAGCCACUCCACCUUUGUUUUUGUUUCAGAUACUUUUCGGUUUAUUAUGUUACUUUCAAGUUCCUUAGAAAAAAAUCUUGACUCGUCCAUUUCUAUUAUGGUAAAGGGAUUUUUUUUUCUAGCAUGUCUUAUGACCGUAUGCCCGUCUUGAGGUAUAAAGAUAUGCGGAUGGAAUUUCUUUUCUUUUUUACUUCAUCGUCGGCUGCUUUGAUUCUAAUCUUAAAUAAAUCGCAUUUUUUGCGAUCGGCAGAGUCAAAUCAAGAGUCAGUUAUCGGCGGAUGAAAGUGUAGGUUGAAUUCUGUAUUAAAAGUCUCUCGAAAAACAAAAUAGGACAGAGGAUUCUCUACUUCAUCUUUGUAUAACUGGUACAUUUUACCAGGGUCCAAAUCUGGAGAUAAAUAUUAUCUGUGGCAGCUUUUUUCCCUGCUAUAAAGAGAUUCAUAACAAGGAAUUUUUUCAAUAAAUUUCUUUAACUCAUCUUUUUUUGCCUCGGCUGUUUUGUUAUGUGGUGGAUGUUUGCCCCGCUUGUCACUUGGUGGUGAUGUUCCUACAGAUUUCAAUUUUAGAAGUCUAUCCAAUUUCCCAGCAGAAACUUAAAAGACUGCUUGAAAAAACGGUUUGCACAC